UGGUUAGGUACGUAUCUUGCACUUCAAUCAGCCUUGUAGACACUGUUUGUUACCCAUUUGACAAAUCAUAGCCAUUGUCACUCGUUGGAGCAAAAGUGGCAGUGCCAGGCAAAUACAUCAAUGGCGGAGUUGAUGGGAUCACGGGCAUACUGCUGCUUUAGGUGCCAGAACCUUGUUGCUUUCCAUGAUGAUAUUGUUUCCAAAGAUUUCCAGGCAACAAAUGGUAGAGCAUUUUUAUUCUCUCACGCAAUGAACAUUGUUUUGGGUCCUAAAGAAGAUAGACAGCUUAUCACUGGUCUUCACACAGUGGCUGAUGUGUAUUGCUCUGAUUGUGGAGAGGAACUUGGCUGGAAAUAUGUUAAAGCUUACGAGGAAACACAGAAGUACAAAGAAGGAAAAUGUGUGCUAGAGAAGUUCAAGAUAGUCAAGGGCAAUGGAUAGUAAACAGAUUUUACUGUUUUAGAUCCAAGCCAUCUGAUCUCAAUUGUUCAUAUGUUGGUUGUGAAGUUCUUGCAAAGACCAGGGGGGAAAGGAAUUUAAUUUGUUCAAUUUCAAAAGGUGAAUUUAGUCACUCUAAUUCUUUUCUUGAUGAAAUAAUUUGUUAAAUGAUUUCUCCCCUGGUAUGAACAGUUGGUUGGUCCUUUCUCUUGUAGAAAAGAUUCUUUUCAAGAAAAUUACGAAGAUCACUUAUUGGUCCUGGUACAUAAAGCUUCGCAACUA